AUAAAAUACUCAAUGUCUGUAGAGGUGAGAGACAGGCAAAGGUCAUGUGCAGAACACUGCCCCUCCAAAGCCUGUGUACCCCUCCUCUCUGUAUCUAUCUCAUUCCUUCACAUCACCAUGGCGAUGUGAAAGUGUGCAGGUCUGUGUGACCUUGCCUGUUUGAUAACAGUGAGCUUGCCGACAACAAGAUGAGAUUGCCAACUAUUCCCUGUUUCUGGCCUCUGGCUGCUAUAUUCUUGAGGAUUGGUUGGGAGUUUAACCAAUGAAAUGCUAUUGCCAUGUAGAAACUUUUGCUUCUUGUGAUCUGCUAUAAAAACAAUAAACUGCUACAUGUGGGUAGCCAUCUUUUUGCACCCUGCAAUGACUAAGGACAUAUUACUACAAAUGUCUAUUUAAGUCCUUCUCAUAUUUAUGAAAUAAAAAGCCAGUACAAACUAUAAAAACUACAAAUAGAAAAAGAAAAAAGAAAAAAAUUGCAGGGGGUGGAGGAAGAAAAGGACAGGAGAAAGAGGGGAAAAAAUCUUUCUCAUUCAUCCCAACAGUUUUUUUCAGUUGCUGUUCCCAAGAUUUGGGUUCCAGUUCCUAUAUCAACCAUGUCAUUCUUCUUCAUGGGCACGAAGGACCUUACAGAUAAUCUUCAGACGAGGGAAGGAAUAAGCCUGCGAAUAAUUGCACAAUUCUGUGAAAGAAGAAUGAAAAAGAAACUUGAAAUAACACUCAAAAUAAUAAUUUAAAUUAAGAUCAACAGAUUUAGGAUUAAAACUGAUUCAUCAAAAUUCUAUUUCAAAUAUGGCCUCCUCAAAGAAAGUAUCUGAAUAGAUGGAUAUCUGAUUUCAUUUGUGGGAGAUAUAAAAAUUUUGAAAGUUCAUCAAACUAUAUCACUCAGUUUUGUGAUGUAUUUUUGUUUUUUUCAAUUCCAUUUUAACAAACAGAAGUACAUAAAUGUGACCUACCAGAAAAUGCAUUUACCAGAAGAAAAAGUAGCAAGGUGCACUCUUCAAAUCUCUAGUCUCUCAUGAAAUUUACUUUUUUUUUUCUUGGAACAUGUCUCAUAUACAAAGCUCUGGACUGCAGCCACUCACGACAUUUUUCCUAAGGAUUUUGAUGCAAUCCAUGUAAUAUUUGGUAGCAUUAUUGGGAAAUAUGCUGAGUUUGAAGACUGGUGCUUCUUUUUGUAGUAUAUUUAUUUGUCUUCCAUGAAACCAAUCCCCUGUGCCAAAAAGUCUGGGAACCUCUGUUCUAACACAGGAGUCCACAACCCCUGGGCCACAGACCGAUACCGGUCCGUGGCCAGUUAGGAACUGGGCUGCGCAACUGGAGGCAUGCAGAAAAUCUGCAGGGGUCUGGGUAGGAGUGGGAGAGUGGUGGGGCAGAAGCCAGCUUGCUCAGUGCAAAGGUUCUCGAGCGGCUACACUUGCAACUGACUUGCAACAUAUAAGCUCAGUGUCCUUCCUCCACUUCCUCCUCCUGCUUCUUGUGCUCUCUCUUCUUCUGCCUCCUCCUCCUCUUUCUGCUUCCUCUCCUUUUUCUUCCUCCUCCUCUUCUUUCUCUCUUUCCUCCUUUCCUCCUCAGCACCCCAGCUGGGCUCGUGCUCCCUUCGUGCAAGUCUCCAAGUUUGCAAGGCAAGCGUGUACCAGCCCAGCUUGCAACCGGGAGCUUUCCAAAAAACUUGUUGGAGGGUGAUCCCAACCCAAGGUAAUAUUCUGUGGAACUUAAGAUCCAACGUCAUUAAAAAAAAAUUCAAAUACAUAAUUUGAAUCUUCUUGUUUCAUGGUUGGAAAUCUAAUAUUUCUGGACUGUGAAGAAAAAAAAUACAGGAAGUUAUUUCAUGGACUCUUAAAGAUAGGACUGGCAGAAUCUUCAACCAAUCCUUCAACCACACCGAGCCGUCCAUUUCACCAAUCCAGAUUAAACUUCUGCAGGUUUCCAAUGAUGUCUAUCACUGAAGCAGCCAGCAUCAGCAUGGAAUCUUCUUCAUUUAUUGAUUAUGAAUAUGAUUAUGAUGGUCCUCAACCAUGCAUCAAAGAUGGAGUAAGGAACUUUGGAUCAUUGUUCCUUCCUACUCUUUGCUCACUGGUCUUCUUGCUUGGUUUAACUGGCAAUACUCUUGUUGUCUUGGUACUACUGAAGUACAAGAGGUUAAAAAGCAUGACAGAUAUUUAUGUACUCAAUCUUGCCAUUUCUGAUUUGCUUUUUGUUCUUACUCUUCCUUUUUGGUCUUACUUCAUGGCUGAUAAGUGGGUAUUUGGAGAUACUUUAUGUAAAAUAGUCUCUUGGACCUUCCAGAUUGGAUUUUUCAGUGGAAUCUUUUUUAUCAUGCUCAUGAGUAUUGAUAGGUAUCUUGCCAUUGUUCAUAUUGCAUUUUCACUGAAAGCAAGAACUGCCACUUAUGGCAGUCUUACUAGUCUUAUUGUAUGGCUAGUGGCCAUCAAUGUCUCUGUUCCAGACCUUAUAUUUAGCUCAUCAGUAAAUGGCUAUAAUCGUACUGAAUGCAAAUUAGUGUACCAUAAGAAUAGCACAGCAUGGAAACUCUUUGCUUGUAUGGAAAUCAACAUAUUAGGCCUCAUUGUGCCCUCCAUCAUCAUUUCCUUUUGUUAUGCAAGAAUAGUUCUGACCUUGCUACACUGUAGAAAUAACAAGAAAAAGAAGGCAGUGAAGAUGAUCUUUGUUGUGGUGGUCGUGUUUUUUAUGUGUUGGACACCUAACAAUGUUAUACUUUUUCUAAAAUGUUUGGAUGAUGUGGGUAUUCUUGGACAAUGUGAAAUCAGCAAAAAUUUGGACUAUGCAGAUCAGGUGACUCAAAUCCUAACAUAUUUUCACUGCUGUUUGAAUCCAAUCAUCUAUUUCUUUAUGGGACAAAAGUUCAAGUUAUAUAUCAGAUUGUUCUUCAAAAACUGUGUUCUUUCAAAAAUACUUUGUAAAUCCUGUGGGUUCCAUGAAUCUUUCUAUUCUGAGUCAUCAGGUUCAGGUUAUACUCAAUCCACUAGCGAUGAAGAGACAUUCUGAAAUCUAAAACACUUGAAGUUGAACCAACACAACAGAACAAUGACAACUAUGAUAUGCCAACAAAUAAGCAUGGCUUCAAGUAAAUUUUUAACAUGGAAAAAGAAAAGCAGCCCAUCCAACUUGGAAACAUAAAAGCUAUUUUGCCUUGGAUGCAGCAAUUACACAGAGCUUUAAGUCUCAGUAUACAUCAAUUUGUCAUUUCAGUCCUAUGGUCACAUUUCUGACAAAGAUGUGAACUCUUUAAGUUUCCUUUCUAGUCAUGGCAUUAGGAUACUUGUUUUACAUAUCUUUUGCUAUCUAGGAAGUUUUUUUUUUCUCUUUUCAGAGUUAAGAUAGCUUCAAAUCAACUCUGCAGUUCACAAGUUUGGGUCCUCUGAGGCAGCAGAUAAGCUUGGAAAUAACAGCAGUUCCAAAGAUUUUUCAAAGUGGUUGUGUCAGUUGUGAGCAGAAUUAUUAUCUUCAGUUAACUCUUUAUCUUCCUUUAGAUGUCUCUUCAAAGGCAAUUUUCAUAAACCCCAGCUAAAUAAAUAAAUCUCAGAGAAAGUUAUGGAUCGUUUGCCAUGGCUAACACCCUUCCAUCUCAGCAUAACUAGUACAGACAAGGGGUUGGAAGUUUUUCUUUCCCUUCUUACCCCAAUUCCCACAAUCCCUUGUAACAGGGAGAUAUCUUAAUUUCUUGCAAACUAGAUAGUCCAAGAGUCUAUCAUUAUAGUUUAUGCUUGUUGAAUUUAUUUUAGAGGCUGUAUCUAUCUGAAAGCAGAAAAACAUAUCUACUUUCCUCUUUCAGGGAAUUAAGAUUACUCAAUUUCUCAUAUGUAAUUACAACAUGUAGUUACAUUUCACAAAAUGUAGGCCAUGUUCCUUUCAUGAGAGUGCUGUACAGAUCUAUUCAUGCCUUACUGAAUUGAAAUGAAGUAUACAGACAUAUCACAGUAUUAUAAGUUACUGCAUGAUGCAUGCAGGAGAACCUUGGCCAUGAUGCUGAUCUUCACUUUCUCCUGUUGACAGGGACACUGAACUCUGCCUAUCUUAUUCACAGCUUAUACUAUGAUUUUGCAGAAUUCAUUAUUUUAAUGUCAAACACAUAACCUCCUGUCAUGUUUUCAGAUAAGUAUAAUGAUAUUAUAUUAAGUUAGUUUUAGUUUUUAGAAAUCAUUUAAUGUAAAGCCAUUUCAAGUAAUAACACCAUUAAUACUCAGCUUUUUAAAUGUAAAGAACCUUUGUUUUUUGUGGGCACUUGAAACUUAAGCGCUGUAUUACUUAACUGUCUAUAAAUGUUAAUAGAAGAAAUGUAUUAUUUUCUGAAGAAUGUUUUUUAACAUUUCUAUUCUUUAUCUUUUAAUGAUAAAAUAAAUAAAUAUCUUUUGUGAAAGAUUUA